UUAUACUGUAAAUGUUGCCCCACCAUGGACUUUUUGCUGAGUGGCCUGGCAGCCUGCGGAGCAUGUGUGUUCACCAAUCCCCUGGAGGUGGUGAAGACCAGGAUGCAGCUGCAGGGAGAGUUGCGGGCUCCUGGCAGUUAUCAACGGCACUACAGAAAUGUCUUCCAUGCCUUUAUCACCAUUGGCAAAGUGGAUGGCUUGGCGGCUCUACAGAAGGGCCUGGCCCCUGCCCUCAUCUACCAGUUCUUGAUGAAUGGUAUCCGCCUGGGCACAUAUGGGCUGGCUGAGGCUGGGGGCUACCUGCACACAGCAGAAGGCACUUUCAGCCGUGGCCGAAGUGCCACCGCUGGGGCCUUGGCUGGAGUCCUGGGAGCGUACUUGGGAAGCCCCAUCUACAUGGUAAAGACACAUCUACAGGCCCAGGCAGCCUCGGAAAUCGCAGUAGGUCACCAAUACAAACAUCAGGGCUUGUUUCAGGCACUAACCCAGAUUGGCCAGAAACAUGGUCUGGUGGGGUUGUGGCGAGGGUCCUUGGGCAGCCUGCCCCGAGUUAUCGUCGGUUCCUCUGCUCAGCUGUGCACCUUCUCAUCCACCAAGGACCUCAUUACCCAGUGGGAGGUGUUUCCUUCUCAGAGCUGGAAAGUGGCUCUGGUGGCUGCCAUGGUAAGUGGCAUUGUGGUGGUCUUAGCCAUGACACCCUUUGAUGUCGCCAGUACAAGACUCUACAACCAGCCCACAGAUGCUGCGGGCAAGGGUCUCAUGUACCGGGGGAUACUGGAUGCUAUGCUGCAGACAGCGCGGACAGAGGGCAUUUUUGGCAUGUACAAGGGCAUAGGUGCCUCCUACUUCCGCCUUGGCCCCCACACCAUCCUCUCCCUCUUCUUCUGGGACCAGCUGCGCUCCCUCAACUACAAAUACAACAAAUAA